AUUCCACAGUUUUUCACGACUCCGCCAGAGGUUGUUAAGUUUGUCACCAUGGUGAUCUUCACUAUAACUGCUCAACACGCAGCCGUGCAAAAUGCAAAGUUUGACUUUGGUGGCUGGAUGCCCAACGCUCCUUUUGCACUGAGACGGCCUCCUCCAACUGAGAAGGGUCAUGCGACCAUGGAGCAGAUCCUGGAGGCCUUACCGGACAAGGGCAGCACAGCAAUGCCCAUUGCAGUCCUGAAACACUCUAGCGAGGAUUACUCGGAUGUUUACCCGCUGGGCCACUUUCCCGAGCAAUUGUUUGGAGAGGAAGCCCCUCUGAAGGUUAUGGAGGCCUUCCGGUCUGACCUGAAGGUGCUUUCGGACGCCAUUGACAAGAGGAACGCACAGCUGGAGCUGCCGUACACACCCCUGAACCCCAGAGACAUCAUUAACAGCAUCUGCAAAUGAUAUCUGUUUUGUAUGUAAUCAAAAACAAAAUAAAAAUGUUUGUGUGAAAAACUA